CUACAAACCAAAGCAUCAAAGACUAUCUCAAAAUUUCAAUCUAAACGAUCGAAGAGUCUGACGGAAGAGUCUCGGUUGUAUAUUUUAUAUUUAAAUAAGGAUCUCAAUAUUUAUAAUAUGGUAAUUAGUUUGAUUCAAAGACAUAAACAAGACAUCAACGAUGAAGCAAUCUGUCAACUCAGUAUCAAAUUUCACAAUGAAGCAGAAAACCUUCUUACGCAAAAUAAAUUUGAAGAUGCAGCUGAUAUGCUUCAAUAUCUAUUGCGCCUAUGUAGAGUUAUUAUACUGGAUGAGAUAAUUGCAGGUUUUAUUAGCUCAAAUAUUCUGCAAGAUCUGUGUAGACUUCAAUCCAAAGUUGUCAAGACUCUUUCAAAAGUUCAAUUUAAACGAUCAAAAAGUCUGAUUGAAGAGUCUCAGUUAUAUGUUUCUUAUUUAAAUAAGGAACUCGAUAUUUAUUAUGUAGUAACUGAAUUGAUUCAGAGGUAA